AUGCCGAGAAGUUGGAAUGCAUAUUGAUGAGUCAUUAUAUCCUGCAAUAAAUACUGAUCAAGGGUUACCUCAGUUAAUUAAAAAGCACAAAUGCAUGCAGCCCAAAGAUUUAUUUGGGAAAACUCCGGAGAAAGAUCGUAGAUUACAAAAAAGAAUGGAAACUAUGGUUAAAGAAUUAGAAAUGCAAAGAGCAGCAACAAAAACCGACAUACCAGUAUUAUUAUUUGAAGAUGAUGGUUCACUGGUGUACAGCCCAGCAAGUAAAAUAAAGUAUCAGUGCAGUGUAAUGGAGAGAAGAAUAAAGGACAUGAAGGAGAAGAGAGAAAAUGUUUCCCCUACUGCUUCACAGUUAUCUCAGAUGUCUGACGCUGAUCCUGCUGUUGUAUCUACAACUUCAACUUCAACAUUGACUUCAGAACUUGAGAAUAAUCACCCUUCAAAUUCAAGUUUUGCCAAUUUGGUUGGAAGUCCUGAAACCAAAAACCUUGGAAAGAAAUCAAUCAACUAUUUAUCUAAUACUGAAAAUGUGAUGGAUGUUUCCAGAGCUGAAUUAUAUAUUUCUUCUGAUUCCCCAAGUGACUCUCAACACACAGGCCUAAAGCGAUUGAGUGGUAAAGAUUUACAUAAAAAUUCAAUCCUACCUAAUGACAAAGGAUGUGAUUUCCUUGUCAAAAAGUCAAUAAUUGAUAUGCCUUCUACUCCAGAAUGCAAAGAUGGUAUUGACUGGUUUUUAGCCAUUGCUGAUAAUCCCCUUCCUCAGGUGAAAAAUGUGGACCAUACAGUUUCUGUUGAAAAUCUGGUCCAUUGUGAAUUUACUGAAAAUAUCAACAGCAAUCGUUCUGAGAAUGACUUUUCUUCACUUAAUCUAAUUGAUAUUCCAGUAACGACUAAAGACUCUUCUCUUUGCAAACAACGAAAAUAUAGAAGGAAUUCAAGCCUUAGACUGAAGUCUUCUAUAUCACAUGAUAAAGAACCUCAGAAUGAUUUCUUAGUUGCAUUGCUUACUCCGAUUAAGUCUGCUAAAGAUCAAGAUCCUUCUUUUGAAGAUUGUUUUUCAUCUUCUAACUUUACUAAUAAAAUAAGACUUCUUCCAUGUCAGCAAAAGUUACAGAAUGACAAGGAAAUUAAGUAUAAUUCUCCCAGAAGCAAAUUAGAAGGUAUGUGCCAAAAUUCUAGUCCAGUAACUACAAGUCACAACAGAAAGAGGAGAAGAGUGACUGAAAUUACUGAAGAUGCAGUUAGUGAGCCCAAGCUAUCUACAUUUCUUCAAAGGAGAAAAACAGGUGUAAAUUGUACAUCAAACACUGAAAAUGGAAACACAGUAGAAACGUCAGACUGUUUUUUAAAUUCUAACAUUCGGGAACAGAUCACAACCAGUUCUACAGCUGAUAAUGCCAGAUUUUCAACGACUGAUGCCAAAAACACUACUUGUGAACCUUUGGGGAGCCAUGUGAAUGAGCCUGAUAGGAAAUUAAAGAUGACUAGGAGAAUCGAAAAGCCUUUGAGAACAUUAGUCAUGACAAGCAUGACCCCUGAGAUGCAGAAAAUAACCCUGCAGGUGCUGAAGAAGCUGGGUGGUUUUCUGACUUCUAAUGAAGUAUGCAAAAAUACAAGUCAUGUAAUUGCAGGGAGCCCCCGCCGGACUUUAAAUAUACUUAUGGGAAUUGCUCGAGGCUGCUGGAUUGUCUGUUACGAUUGG